GCCACACCUCCUGGACAUGCAGUUCAUGAGUUCAGUGCAAAUCUGAUGACAUUACAACUCUGCUGAACAAGAGAGAACGAUGAACUACCUUCCUUUCUUCUCUUUAGAAACAUGGAUUCUACUGAUCACAUUUAUCUGUUUAUUUGUUAUGUAUGGCAACUGGACUUAUGGGACAUUUAAGAAGUUGGGGAUCCCAGGUCCCAAGCCCCUCAUGUUCUUGGGCUCAGUUUGCAGGCUCAACCCUGUGUACUACUUGGAUGACAAAGAGUGUGCUCAGAAGUAUGGCAGAGUAUGGGGUACAUAUGAGCUCAGGAAGCCCAUGCUGGUUGUGAUGGACCCUGACAUGUUGAAAACCAUUCUGGUGAAGGAGUGCUUCAGCUACUUUACCAACCGGAGGAACUUGCGCCUGAAUGGAGACCUCUAUGACUCAGUGUCUAUUGCUGAGGACGACAAGUGGAGACGGAUUCGUAACAUCCUCACUCCCUCCUUCACCUCUAGCCGUAUAAAAGAGAUGUUUAGCCUCAUGAAACAUCAUUCCCGCAAACUGACAGCCAGCAUGCAGUCCAAGGCCCAAAACAAUGAAGUUAUUACUGUAAAAAACUUCUUCGGAGCCUACAGUAUGGAUGUGAUGGCGAGCUGUGUAUUCAGUGUGGACAUGGACUCAAUCAGCAACCCCUCAAAUCCCAUGAUCACCCAUGCCACGAAGCUGUUCAGACUCUCCAUACCUCUUUUCGUGUUCCAAGGGUGUUUCCCCGUAUUUCUUCCCCUCUUGGAGCUGCUCGGUGUCUCCCUUUUUCCUAAGACUUCUACUGAUUUCUUUAAAACGCUUCUGGAGAAGGUCAGAACGAAACGCAACGGGAGCUCACACGAGAAUUCCAGAGAUAUACUUCAAAAUAUGAUAAACUCUCAGACUGCCAGUGAACCCAAGAAAGACAAGCAGCAUAACGGUCUUACUGAUCAUGAGAUCUUCUCCCAAGCCACAAUAUUUGUAUUGGCUGGUCAUGAGACAAGUGCCAUCACUCUCGUUUUCUUGGCCUACAAUUUGGCGAGAAAUCCUGAAGUCAUGAAACGCCUGCAAGAGGAGAUAGACUCCACUUUCCCUAAUAAGGGUGCUGUCCAAUAUGAAGCUCUGAUGCAGAUGGAGUACCUAGACAGUGUUGUCAACGAGUGUCUGAGGCUCUACCCUCCAGCUGGACGUGUGGAACGAGUAGCCAAAGAAACUGUAGAGAUCAACGGAAUAAAAAUCCCAAAGAACAUGACUGUUAUGGUUCCAGUGUACGCUCUGCAUCAUGACCCUGAGCUGUGGCCAGAGCCCGAGGAGUUCAAGCCUGACAGAUUCAGUAAGCAGAACAAGCAGAGCAUCAACCCAUACACUUACCUGCCAUUUGGGAUCGGGCCAAGGAACUGUUUGGGGAUGCGAUUUGCUCUGAUGAUGGUCAAACUGGCCUUGGUGGAAGUUUUGCAGAACUACAGCUUCUCUAUCUGUGAGGAGACAGAGAUCCCUUUGAGGAUGGACCCUAAAGGCCUUGUUGGACCCCUCAAUCCAAUCAAAUUAAAGCUGGAGACACGUUCAAUGACCUCAGGAAAGGAGGACAAGUCCAACUAGGAAAUACACUCCUCAAAACUGAGAUAUGACAUUGAAUAACAGCCAGAAGUAUUUUUGCAGAACAUGAUGAUGUCACAGUUCAUUUAACCUUUGACCUUUUGUAUAUAAAACAUCAUUACUCCAUCUUUUUAUCCUAUUAGACAUUUGUGUGAAGUUUUGUGAUAAUUAGUGUAUGAAUUCUUACAGUUUGGCAAAAAUUUGCUUUGUGAGGUCAUAGUGACCUUGACCACCCUCAAGCUGUUCACAGAAAUGAGACAGACAAGGUUUUCGUGACCUUUAACCACCAUAAUCUAAUCAGUUCACUGGACAGUUGUGCCAAAUUUGAGAAAAAUAAAAAAAAAAUCCUCAAGGCAUUCCUGAGAUAUCGCCUUCACAGAAUGGGACGGAUGGAGCGACAGACGGAGACGGAGGGAUAGACGGCUAUCGUAUCAUAACAAAGGAAUACAGUUCUGAAUAUCAAAACACUAAUGAAUGCACUUUGGGUAGUGAUCCAAACAUGUAAGCUACCAAAAUUUGUGACAAUUACAUGAAACUAAAAAGUUUCACAAAACACUCAAAAUGGUGGAAAUGUCAAGAACACACAAGGAUAGUGUAAUAUAUAGUUAAAAUAGUAGUUUCAUAGUUACAUGUAAGAUAAUCAAUAAACUGUGAUAAAAUAAACUUUGGGAACUGGUUAUACUGUACCUCUGGAGGCUAAUAAAGCACAUAAUAAAUGUU